AUGACCACGCGAGCGAUAAACUUGGAUACAUACAGCCUGUCACUGCUUACGGCUAAAGAAGACAUCAUCAACCCACGGUCAUCCAUUAACUGGGCGAUGUUUGUCUACGAUGGAAUCAGCAACAAGCUCCGACUGGCUGACUCAGGAGCGGGAGGUGUGGCAGAGCUGGCAUCCAAGUUCCACGUGUCCAAGCCCCAGUAUGGACUUUGCAGAAUUGGGACUGCUGCAGAGAGCCCCAGGACAGCUAUGAUCAUCUGGAUGGGUCAAAAAGUGGACGACUUCCAAAGAACAGAAUGUGCCAGCCACGUCCCAGCAAUCAAAAACUUCUUCAAGGAAGUUCACGUGUUCCUCACAGCGGAGAGGCCUGAGGAUGUUACAGAGGAGAGGAUAAGGGCUGAGCUCAGUAAGGCCCAAAACAACUCUUCAACGCAGUGGCUGAGGAGGAGCUCGCAGUCGUCUAUGGACAGGAAGGAUAUUGUGGGCACGAAUUACAGAAAAACAAAUGCAGCGAUGGAGAUGCGUCUUGCAAACAGAGACUCCUUCUGGGCACGAGCAGAGCGUGAAGAAGAAGAGAGAAAAGAGGAGGAGAGGAAGAGGGCCGCAGAGGAGAGGCGCAGACUGGAGCGAGAGCGAGCUGUGAAAGAGAGACAAGAGGCGGAGGACAGAGAGAGGAAGAUGGAGCAGAAGCUGCAGAUGAUAGAGGAGCAGAGGAGGAAAGCAGCGGAGCAAGAAGAGGAAGAACGCAGGAAAGAGAAGUUCAAAUGGGAGCAGCAGCAGAGGGAGCACGAGGACGAGAUGAGAGCGCGCCUCAAAAGAAGCGAAUCGAUUGAGAAAGCAGCAGAGGCCGCAGCAUUAGUGUCGCAGAGGACCAUGAACCCUCGCGAAUUCUUCAGACAGCUCUCCUCGUCUUCAUCACAGAGUCCAACCAGUCCAUCUCGCUCUGGUAAACCCUUCAGACGUUACCAGCGCAGUCUGACCGACACGGCCUUCAUCUUCUCUAAAGCCGAAGACAGCAGUGUGUCCUCUCCCCGAAGCCCACCUCUUGUGUCCCCUUUCUCCAGAGCUUCUCCUUCUCAAUUCAAUCGGGCUGCUUCCCCCCCCACCAGUCCAGUCUUUCACCCAUCCACCUCCCCCCAGAGAACCCCCCUGUCCCCGCCGCUAUCACCCCUACAUCCUGCCCCAACAACCACCAUGCCUCUGGCCAACAUCCAGAUGAGGGGAAGGGUCCGGUCGCCAUCAGAGCCCUCUGCACCUCCAGCCUCGCCCACACUAAUGCCGUCUUCAGUGGAGGAAGGGUCUGGAUCUCCACCCAGUGUGACAGAGCAGAAUACUUUCACUUUUGAAUCAAAGCCUUCUCCACCAGACCAGCCAAUAUCAGCUGCUGAGCUGGCCUCAGAAAUCAGCUACAAAGUGCAGACUGUCCUUGUAGAAGAGGAGGAAGAGGAAGAGGAGGACGUGAAAGAAAAAGCCCAAACAGAACCACGGCCUGAUCUGGUGGAGCAGCCGGCAGAAGCCGAUGUGAGGAACAUGGCACAAACAUUAGAACUGCUGCAGAGUUCGAUGGAGGAAGAGGUCACAGAAGAGAGAAAUGGUCUGCCCCACACAGAAGCCGAGGAGACUGCAGCUGUGGAGGAGUGUGUCCCCACAGAAGAGGAAGAGCUUGAAGGGAUGGAGACCAAGGACGCUAAUGAGACACAGGCUGAAGUGAAUCAGGCUCCUGAACACACACACCAGUCUGAGCAGGGAGAACGCAGAACUCCAGAGCAGAGCGAGGAGACCGUAAGUGAGGAUGAGCCGGACCAACCGCAGACCCACCUCAGCUCUGAGUGCAAUCAAACUGCUUUGCUUGCACAGCAGGAGGAUGGCCCAGAGAUCAUAGACCCUGAGGGGAACCUGGAAAUCCAAUGUUUGACUCCAGACCCAGCAAUGACCGUGAUCACCAACGGGAACACCACAGAACACAAUGGCACAGAUCACUCUUUAAGCCCAUUCGAUCCAGAGUUGGACAGUCCAAAGCUUGCAGUGUACUGUAAUGUUCAAGAAGAAGAAGAAGAAGAAGAAGCAGAAGAAGAUGAUGAUGAUGAUGAGGACGAUAUCUGCAUUCAAAAAUACAUCAUAUCAGAGAACGGACAAGAGGUUUUAGUGGAGCCACAAAUGUCUGUUCGAGCUUUGUAUGACUAUGAAGCAGAGGAUGAAUCCGAGCUCUCCUUUGAGCUGGGUGACAUCAUUAGGGACGUGGAAGCUGUGGACAAAGGCUGGUGGAGAGGUUGGAGCCAAGAUGGCCGACAAGGCUUGUUCCCAGCCAAUUAUGUUGAGACCAUUUCACCACAGUGA